AUGUCUCAUAGAAAAUACGAACAACCAAGACACGGUUCCUUAGGAUUCUUACCAAAGAAAAGAGCUGCCAAACAAAGAGGUAGAGUUAAGUCAUUCCCAAAAGAUGUUAAAUCUAAACCAGUUUCAUUAACUGCUUUCUUAGGUUACAAAGCUGGUAUGACCACCAUUGUCAGAGAUUUAGACAGACCAGGUUCUAAAAUGCACAAAAGAGAAGUUGUUGAAGCUACCACCAUUGUUGAUACUCCACCUUUAGUCAUUGUUGGUGUUGUCGGUUACGUUGAAACUCCAAGAGGUUUAAGAUCAUUAACCACUGUUUGGUCUGAACACUUAAGUGAAGAAGUUAGAAGAAGAUUCUACAAAAACUGGUACAAAUCUAAAAAGAAGGCUUUUACCAAAUACUCAGCUAAAUACGCUAAAGAUUCAACUCAAGUUGAAAAAGAAUUGAAAAGAAUUGAAAAAUACGCUUCAGUUGUUAGAGUUUUAGCUCACACCCAAAUCAAGAAAACCCCAUUAUCUCAAAAGAAAGCUCACUUAGCUGAAAUUCAAGUUAACGGUGGUUCAAUCUCUGAUAAAGUUAACUGGGCCAAAGAACACUUUGAAAAAACCGUUUCAGUUGAUCAAGUUUUCGAACAAGAUGAAAUGAUUGAUGCUAUUGCUGUUACCAAAGGUCAUGGUUUCGAAGGUGUAACCCACAGAUGGGGAACCAAAAAAUUACCAAGAAAAACCCAUAGAGGUUUAAGAAAAGUUGCUUGUAUUGGUGCUUGGCAUCCAGCUAAUGUUAAUUGGACUGUUGCUAGAGCCGGUCAAAACGGUUACCACCACAGAACUUCAAUUAACCACAAGAUUUACAGAAUUGGUAAAGCUGAUGAUGAAUCUUCAGGUUCUACUGAAUACGAUAGAACUGUUAAAACCAUUAACCCAAUGGGUGGUUUCGUUAGAUACGGUUUAGUUAAAAACGAUUUCGUCUUAUUAAAAGGUUCUAUCCCAGGUACUAAAAAGAGAAUCAUUACCUUAAGAAAAUCUUUAUACACUUCUACUGCUAGAAGAGCUACUGAAAAAGUUCAAUUAAAAUGGAUUGAUACUGCUUCAAGAUUCGGUAAAGGUAGAUUCCAAACCCCAGCUGAAAAACAUGCUUUCAUGGGUACUUUAAAGAAAGAUUUAAAUUAG